CCAUUAAGUGGACAAAACGACAUGGAUGAGAAUGUGAAAGUGACAGUAUCACCAUUUAUCUGAUGUUUGGGCUCCACCUACUUGUCAAGAUUCCUUCUUUCAGAUAUUUUGAUGCAUGCUGAAACAUAGCUCAAUUGGGAAAUGAACCUGUCCCUCUCUUGAUCUGACUGAUGUGCCCGCUUUGUUUUCUUGUGAAUCCACCGAGUCUCAUCCAAAAACUAGUAAACCAAGUGCAUGUUUAGAAAUAAAGUGAGAAUCAAUUUUUGGGGAGAAAUAUCUUUUUUCUUUUGAAAGUUCAAAUUUAUUGAUAGUAUUCAAAGAGGUCAUAGACCCAUUACAAGGUAGUCCAACCAGCUAAAACAGAUACAGUAUCUGAUGGCAAAAGCCAGUAGACAAAAGUUUAGCCCCUCCCCUAAACCAUUCACGCAAGAACGAGAAAGAGAGAAAAAAACCCAUAAAAACUAACUUAAGAACACAACCACCCGCCUAGGGUCUCCGGCAGAGCACAACUAUGACCAGUAUCAGCUGCACUGCAACACAAAAUUCCCCCCAAAGCUCUUGUUGAAGACUGCAAAACGGAAGAAAAAAAAAUAUAGGAAGGAAGGAAAACAUCAGCAGAAGCACACAUUGGAAACACCAACCUAAACAAAAUCGAACCAAAGACCAUAAGAGGUUGAAAGACAGCAACAAAAAAGCAUUAUGCAGCAGCAAAAGCGCAUUAUGCGGCAACAAAAAGCAAUUAUGCAGCAACCGCAGUGGCCAUAAACAACAACACUCACAAAGAUGGGAUCAGACACAGAUUAAGCAUCACACUUUCCUCUGUUGCUAUGUCAAAAAAAAACAUUGCCCACAACGCUUUGGUAGUGCUUUAGCAUUGCGUAAUCAUAAACAGAUUCGAGAAGAUGACCUCAGUUCAACAUUCAGUACAAUGCCAAAGUGGAUCGGUUCUUAGGCAUCCUUCCUUCGCCAGCGCAUCCGCAAUGAAAUUAACCUCUGUAUAUGUGCCUCAACUCCAGACAAUUAACCACCUCAGUCAUGAAGAAAUCAAUUUGAUUUAGGAUAUUAAUGAGUAUCCAAGGUCUAUUAGUUUUAGAGCUGACCCGCCCCACUGCGGUUGUUGAAUCACUUUCAGUAAUUGCAUUCCUGAAUAGGAAAUGUUGCUAAAAUAGCAGCUCACACUCACAGUAUCUCUUUGACCUCUGCUUCAAACGCCAUUUCAUUGCCUACAUUGAUUGAGAACUGGCCCAGAAUCUACUUUCUAUCGUUUAUGAUCACACCCCCAAUUCCACUUGCUCUAGUCUCGGCUUUCCUUGAGACGCACCAUCAACAUUGAAUUUUAGGACUGCACGUGCCGGUGGAUCCCAAUGCAACACCCUUUGCCUUGUGUUCCGGGAACCCUGGCCAGGGACGGACAGGGCACCAAGGACGGGCCUGGACCCCACAGAACGUCCCUAUCGAGGGACGGUUUAGGGAGCCUGGGAGCACCCUGCUUAUGGGCCCUACCACCAAGGGUAAGGACGAAAACCCGGGGCCCACUAGAUAGGGUUUGGCCUAGGCCAACCACCCUAGGGGGUAGGUUGGCUGACGCAGAUCCGUAGGGGCCCCCAAGCCGUUGGAUCACUGUUCCUCUGCAGGUACCGCAGGCAAUCCAACGGCGGGCUCUGCCACUCGUACGAGCCAUGCAUGACGUUGCAUGGCUCCAACCCUAAUUCCACCUCCCCUAUAUAAAGGGAACACCUCUUUCAUUAUAAGGUAACGUAUUCUCUCCAUACUCACCAUUCUCACAACUUCCCUUACUGACUUUAGCAUCGAAGUGUCUUGCAGGAGCCCCUCCCGGGACCUCACCAGCUUUGGAGUCCUUCAACACGUCCAGAUCCCCUCUCCUACCCCUUGUCAACGGGUAACUUGGUCGCUCCUCGAUCAAUUGGCGCCGUCUGUGGGGAUCUGGUAAAACUCUCCCCAGCACCGCGUGCCGUCGCCUCAAGUCACCAGCUAGCAAACUAUGGUGGAGACACGUCAGACUUCACGCCGUCCCGUACCAACCCCUGAAGGCCAUGUGGAGACUAUCAACGAAGCAACGGAUCGCAGAACUCCUCCUCCUCCCCAACACCCACAUCCUCCAACUCCUCAACCGCAGCCCCCUCGCUCACCGGAGCCCGCGGCCAUUACCCCGCAUGCGGCCCACGAGGCACUUUGCCGCUUGGAGGCACGCAUCCGGGCUAUGGAAGAGGACAACGGGGCAGGACGAGAACAGGCCCACAACAUGAGGAUCCGAGACGCUCAAGAGGAGAUUCACAUGCUCCGAGCACGCCUACGACAACUUGAGGAGCAGGAAACUCACUCGCGCCCCCAACCCGCGUUUUCUCAGGAAGAAGAUACGAGCGGGGGCCCGAUCCGACCCCCCUACUACCAGGAGGAACGCCGCCGGGCACCAGCGGCUGAGAGGGUGGCCAGCCAUACCCCACGGAGACGCUACUCUCCCCGACGGAGCCCUUCCAGGCGCAGGAGCCCUUCCCCGACUCGGGGCAGGACUCACAACCGUCCCAGGUCUAACAACGCACUUGUCUCCUAUCCAGCUCCGAUUGGAGGCCCACUGUCCCCAGAAAUUAUGGUUUUCCCCUUCCCCAGGGUUGGGCACGACCCAAAGUGAAGCUCUACGAAGGAGACACCGACCCGCAGGAACACGUGAACUUCUUCGUGGGUGCGAUGCAGUACGCAGGGGCUAGCGACCCCUUGUACUGCCGUUGCUUCCCCAUGAGUCUCGGAAAAGGACCCAUGAACUGGUUUCAGAACCUGCCGAGCAACUCCCUACACGACUGGAACGGGGUCGUGUCCUGUUUUUUGUCCCAGUACUCCUCGGUCCGCAGUAUACCUAAGACCGCGCAAACCUUGGCUUUGGUUAAGCAGAAAGAGAAGGAGUCUCUGAAGGCGUUUCUCAAUCGGUUCAACAAGGAGGCUGGGGAUAUCACCGGGCUCCUCCCCGACACUAGGUUGGUCCUAGCUACCGCAGCUCUCGCCCCAGGACCCUUCCUGACCUCGCUGGACGGCAAACCGGCCAACACUCUAGAGGAAUUUCUGGCCCGAGCCGAGAAGUUCAUAAACAUGGAGGAUGCUGCAACCCUACGAGCCGCGAGUCAGACGCUCGCGAUUAAAGGACCGCAGAAGAUGAAAGAGCAUAAAGACCAGCCUCCGACCCGGGACUCCAGACGGAAGGGUCAGGACGAACGGAAGCCGAAGCGGAAGAAAUAUGACAAUUACACUCCACUGAAUUCCUCCCUGUCACGUAUCCUGAGGGAGAAGGCCUCCACCGACCUCAGGGACCGACCACCUCCACUUCUGACGAGGGGGAACAAACUGGAUUCUAAGAGAUUUUGUGAAUUCCCCGACAGCCUAGGCCACAACACGGACGAGUGCCUAAAUCUCAAGGACAAAGUGGAGGAAUUGGUUAGAGCAGGCAGGUUGUCUAGAUAUGUGGCCAUGUCAUCAGGUGACCUCCCACGGCCGCGCUCACCGCCCCCCAGACGGUCACCGACCCCACCAAGACACCGUGCCCCAACCCCUCCAAGGCACCGUGCCCGAACCCCUCCAAAGCGCCGAUCGGCAGAUCGCCAGGACAGAACACCACCGCUACGCCGGAGCCCCGAGCGCCGCGAGAGAAGCCGCGAACGUAGAAGAAGCCCCGACCGGCACGGCCGGGAUGAAGUUCGAAGACACCAUGGGAGCAACCUAGUCAGCGUUGGUUCCAUAGCCGGAGGAUGGCCGCAGGCGGGCCCACUAACAACAGCCGGAAAAGAAGUACCCGUGUCAUCAUGUCCGCAGCCGGAAGACCCCGCCCAAGUUCCCUCCACCCCCCAAGGCAGAAGGUGGCCAUCACCUUCGCGGAGGAUGACUACAGCGAGGACACCGGCGAGGAGGAUGACCCCAUCGUCGUUGAGGCCCUGA